CGUUCUCAUCUCUCUCUUAUUUUCUUUCAAAAUAUAAAAUCAAAAAUAUAUAAACGCACACACUCUCUCUUUCUUCCUUUUCUCGAGAAAAUUACAAGAAGAAAAAGCGAAAUUUCAGAUUCGUGUCUGAUCUCAUAGAAAGACGCUAGGGUUUCUCGCAUUUUCAGUUCUAAUCAAAUUGCAUCAAACAGGAUUUUUUCAUCUGGAAUUUAUGUAGAGCAAAGGUAUAAAAGGAGAUUUUGACUUGGAGGAGACCAAUUUUUGUAAUCAUUAUUGGUGGAUUAGAGUGUAGGUUUGUAAUUUUGGAAGUCAAAAUUGUGAUUUCUAGAAAUUAUGAGAACUUCAUGGGCGGAUUCUGCAGCUAACUCUGCAUCAGAGAGUGCAGCCCCUGCUUCCUCUGGUAACAAUGGCGGACAACGUCCUACCCGUGCCACUUACGUUCCUCCACACCUUCGUAACCGUACACCUUCAACUGAUCUUCCUGCUUCGUCACCUGCUGUUCAAUCACAGUUCAAUGAUCGUGUAGGUUAUGGUGGACCUGGAGGAGGUUCCCGUGGGGCUGGUGCUCCUAGACCUGAUUAUGGGCGUCCAGGAUAUGUUUCUGGUGUUCGAACUGGUGGCAGCAGUGUUGGUGGUGGUUGGAACAAUAGAAGUGGUGGUUGGGACCGCGGGAGGGAGCGCGAGGUGAAUCCAUUUGGCAAUGAUGAUGGUGAAGUGGAGAGCACAUUUGGUGAACAAGAAAAUACAGGCAUUAACUUUGAUGCGUAUGAGGAUAUUCCGGUGGAGACAAGUGGGGACAAUGUGCCGCUGCCUGUGAAUACCUUUGCAGAGAUAGACUUGGGUGAGGCAUUGAAUCAGAAUAUUCGGAGGUGCAAGUAUGUGAAGCCGACUCCAGUUCAGCGUAAUGCAAUCCCAAUAGUACUUGCAGGGCGUGACUUGAUGGCUUGUGCUCAGACAGGGUCAGGGAAGACAGCUGCCUUCUGCUUUCCAAUCAUUAGUGGAAUUAUGCGAGAGCAGUAUGUACAGAGAUCACGUGGGCCAAGGACUGUAUACCCACUUGCUCUUAUCCUCUCCCCUACAAGGGAGCUCUCUUGUCAGAUACACGAUGAAGCCAGAAAAUUUUCUUAUCAAACUGGUGUUAAGGUGGUAGUUGCUUAUGGAGGAGCACCAAUAAACCAACAGUUGCGAGAACUUGAAAGAGGGGUUGAUAUUCUUGUGGCAACUCCUGGACGUCUGGUGGAUUUGCUUGAAAGGGCUAGAGUGUCACUGCAGAUGAUUAGAUACUUGGCACUUGAUGAGGCAGAUAGGAUGCUUGAUAUGGGUUUUGAGCCUCAGAUUAGAAAGAUAGUGGAACAAAUGGAUAUGCCUUCACCUGGAAGGAGACAGACAAUGCUGUUUAGUGCCACUUUUCCAAAAGAAAUACAGAGACUUGCAUCUGAUUUUCUGUCAAAUUACAUUUUCUUGGCUGUUGGAAGGGUUGGUUCUAGUACUGAUUUAAUUAUUCAAAGAGUUGAAUAUGUUCAUGAGACUGACAAGAGAAGCCAUCUCAUGGACCUUCUUCAUGCACAGAGGGAAACUGAAAUUAAUGGCAAGCAAUCUUUGACAUUAGUUUUUGUGGAGACGAAGAAGGGAGCCGACUCCUUGGAACAUUGGUUGUGUGUUAAUGGGUUUCCUGCUACAACAAUUCAUGGUGAUAGGACACAACAGGAAAGGGAAAUGGCACUAAGAUCAUUCAAAAGUGGGAAGACGCCAAUUUUAGUAGCAACAGAUGUGGCAGCACGUGGUCUUGAUAUACCUCAUGUGGCUCACGUAGUCAAUUUUGAUCUUCCCAAUGACAUUGACGAUUAUGUUCACAGGAUAGGGCGAACAGGACGAGCUGGAAAAACAGGACUAGCCACAGCUUUCUUUAAUGAGAACAAUAUGUCACUUGCAAGAUCUCUAGCUGAUUUAAUGCAGGAAGCAAAUCAAGAAGUGCCUGCUUGGCUCACUCGCUAUGCUUCACGGGCUUCAUAUAGUGGUGGUAAGAAUCGGCGAAGUGGGGGUGGCCGAUUUGGUGGCCGUGACUUUAGAAGGGAGGGCUCUUUUAAUAGAGGCUUAGAUUAUUAUGGUGGAGGGAAUAGCGGUGGUGGUGGUGGUGGUGGUGGUGGAUAUGGGGUUCCUGGCAGCUACGGCGGGGGAUACGGUCCGGGUGUAGCCAGUGCUUGGGAUUAGCGUCCCACUUUAUAGUGGAUUCAAUUUCUCAUUAGUAUAUAAUUUUUUCCCCCACCCUUUAGCAUCAAGGAACAAAAUUUUAAAACUAAAUUGUUCUUGAUUUGUUUUUCAUUCAGUUCUAAGUUGUAUGGUGUUCUAUACUGUUGUCGGCUUACCCGAAAUAUUGAAAAUAACCAAAUAUGCUUUAGUGUA